GCGCCGUAGCGGCUGGGCCGGGCCGGCGCCUGCGUGCCGCGGGCAUCCCGGCUGCCGGUGAUUCCUGCUCCCGGUGAUUCCUGCUCCCGGUUCCUGCCUCCCGCCCCGCCGCCAUGGAUUACCGGGCGCUGGUGAUGAGCCAGGUCGUGCCCGGGCAGUUCGACGAUGCGGACUGCUCGGACAGUGAAUCUGUGGAAGACACAGAAGCGUGUAAAGAGGGUGAGGUCCCUGAGAGCUGCCAGCUAUGCACGUGUGAAGAAGUUAACGCUGAGGAAGGAGAUGGUGAUGAUGACAAUGAUGCUGAAGAGGAAGAUGAAGACUGGGACUGGGAUGAUGAGGUGGGAAGACUCACGAAGCGCCACAAUGCUGCUGGUGGAUGCAAUCCACAGGCAAAUAGACAGACCCCUAAUUGCUCUUCAGCAAAACUGUCAACCCCUGCAGGCAAGGUUUUAAGAAAAUUUGAACACAAAAUCAAUUUAGAUAAGCUAAAUUUUGAUGACUCUGUUAUAAACAGAGUCACAGAAAAGUCUAGGCAGAAGGAAGCAGACAUGUACCGAGUCAAAGACAAGUCAGACAGAGCAACAGUAGAACAGGUGUUGGACCCAAGGACCCGAAUCAUUCUGUUCAAGAUGCUCUCUAGAGGUAUUAUAUCAGAAAUCAAUGGCUGCAUCAGCACAGGGAAAGAAGCCAAUGUAUAUCAUGCCAGUACUGCAAAUGGGGAGAACAGAGCAAUAAAGAUUUACAAAACCUCUAUUCUGAUGUUUAAAGAUCGGGAUAAGUAUGUGAGUGGUGAAUUCAGAUUUCGUCAUGGAUACUGCAAAGGCAACCCAAGAAAAAUGGUGAAGACAUGGGCCGAAAAAGAAAUGAGGAAUUUAAUAAGGUUGAAUACAGCCCAGAUACCUUGCCCAGAGCCAAUUAUGCUAAGGAGUCAUGUGCUUGUCAUGGGCUUUAUUGGUAAAGGUGAUAGGCCUGCUCCUCUGUUGAAGAAUGCUCAGCUGUCUGACUCCAAAGUCCGGGAGCUGUACCUGCAGAUCAUCCAGUACAUGAGAAGAAUGUAUCAAGAUGCCAGACUUGUUCAUGCAGAUCUCAGUGAAUUUAAUAUGCUGUACCACGGGGGGGACGUGUACAUCAUUGACGUGUCUCAGUCCGUGGAGCACGACCACCCGCACGCGCUGGAGUUCCUGCGCAAGGAUUGUGCCAACGUUAACGACUUUUUCCAGAAGCACAAUGUUGCAGUGAUGACAGUGAGGGAGCUGUUUGAAUUUAUUACUGAUCCUUCUAUCACAAGUGAAAACAUUGAUGACUACCUGUCUAAGGCGAUGGAAAUAGCAUCGAAAAGAACAGAAGAGGAAAGAUCCAGUCAAGAUAAAGUGGAUGAGGAAGUAUUUAAGAAGGCCUACAUACCUCGAACUCUGACUGAAGUUAAAAACUAUGAGAGGGAUGUGGACAUAAUGAUGAAAUUGAAAGAAGAGGAUAUGGCAUUGAAUGUUCAGCAAGAUAAUAUUCUCUACCAGACUGUGACAGGACUGAAGAAGGAUUUGUCUGGUGUUCAGAAGAUUCCUGCACUCCUUGAAGAGGCUGACAAUUCAGAAACAGACUCUGAUGAUGAUGAUGAUGGUGGUGGUGGCAGCUCAGAGGAUUCUGAUUUGGGCUGUAAAGAAUCUGUACAUCCCAAAGACAAACCUGCUGAAGUUAGCAUGGACAAAAAGGAAAGGAAAAAGAUGGUCAAAGAAGCCCAAAGAGAAAAGAGAAAAACCAAAAUCCCGAAGCAUGUGAAGAAGAGGAAAGAAAAAACUGCAAAAAUGAAGAAAGGCAAAUAAAACCGUCUUUGGCUCAGAGAAAGGGAUGAUGUGUUGUGGAUUAGUCAGCCACCAUCUUUUUUUCUGUAUUAAAAAAUUAAAAAUCCUUUAUUUAUAUACA